AUGUCACAGCCAUGGGAUUAUAUUGCUAAGCUAGUUUGCAUCGGCGACUCUGGCACCGGCAAGUCCAGUCUUACCAUCCGUCUCUGCGAAGGUCGCUUCUCAUCAUCUCACGAUGUCACUAUUGGAGUGGAAUUUGGGUCUCGGAUUGUCCCAGUAGGACCUCCUGCCUCACUGGAUCUAGGACUUGGGGAGCUUUCUGGGGAUGGUUCAAUCUCUCGAGGUGAGGUAACUCAGGACGAGUCUGCCACCUCGGGUCUUCCUAGCCCACCUCGGAAAGCACAAGAAGCCCCUCCCCAGAAACGAAUGAAGCUGUCUUUAUGGGACACUGCUGGCCAAGAAACAUACAAAUCCAUCACCCGCUCCUACUUCCGCGGCGCCUCGGGUGCUCUUCUAGUUUUCGACAUUUCAAGGCGUUCCACUUUCGUCUCCUGCACGCAGUGGCUCCAAGAUCUACGACAAAUCGCAGAAGAAGGGAUUGUGGUUAUUCUGGUCGGCAAUAAAACAGAUUUGGCCGGACGAGAAGCUGGAUCCAAUCAACGACAUGUGACUGUGCAAGAAGCUGAAGAAUGGUGUCGGAUGAACAAUGUCGUUCGCUACGUUGAAACUAGCGCCAAGUCAGGGGAUGGUGUCGAGCAAGCUUUCUUGGAAGUUGCCGAGCGGAUCUAUCGCAAUAUCGAUGCUGGCAGAUACGAUCUAAAUGACCGACGAAGUGGAGUCAAAGGAUUUGGCGCCUCUGGGGGUGCACACAAAGGCAUGCCGAGAACCGUAACCCUGGGCAUGGAUGAUGCCAUGAAAGGUGGCUGGACGGGCUAUUGCUGUUAG